AGGCCCUUGUAGGGGAGGCAGGGAGCAGUCCCUGCCUGGUAGACAGGACCCAUUUUUGUUGUAGACACCCAUGCUGCAGAGCCUGCUGGGGUACCUGGCUUUAGACAGUCAGCGGCGGCCACUCCUCAUACAGGUGCUUCAGGAGCUGCUAGAGACAUGGGGCAACAGCAGUGCUGUCCGUCACGCCCCCCUGGAGCAGCAGCACUACAUCAGUAAGGCCAUCCUGGUCUGCCUGGCGCACCUCGGGGCGUUGGAGCUGCAGGACAUCCGGGAUGAGUUGCUGGCCAGCAUGAUGGCAGGUGUGAAGUGCCGUCUCGACAGCAGCCUGCCCCCUGUGCGUCGCUUGGGCAUGAUUGUGGCCGAGGUCAUCAGCUCCAGGAUCCAUCCUGAGGGGCCUCAGCUGAAAUUCCAAUAUGAAGAUGACGAGAUGAGCCGCGAGAUGCUGGCCUUGGCCACGCCCCGGCCUGUGGGCGCCUGCUCCUCGGAGACAGGAGGUUCAUCCCUGCCAGUUGCCAUGGAGACCCCUGUAACGACACCUGAAAAGACAGUGGCCAGUGAUGUGCCUCCAGCUCAGCCGCAGGGCUCUGACUCAGAGCUCGACAGCGAUGAUGAGUUCAUUCCCUAUGAUAUGUCAGGGGACAAAGAGCUGAAGAGCAGCAAGGAACCCCUGUAUAUCCGAGACUGUGUGGAAGCCUUGACCACAUCUGAGGACGUGGAGCGCUGGGAGGGAGCCCUAAUGGUGCUUGAGGGCCUGGUUUAUAGGAGCCCUGAGGCCACUCGGGAGGUGAGCAAUAAGAGGAUGUGGCUGG